AUGACCAAAAUUCCCCAACACCUGAACCUUUCACCUAAAGUCUUUGGGUUCACCGUUUAUGUCCAUAUCCCGAAACACGAGAGAACCAAACUAUCACCUUGUGCAACAAAAUGUGCCUUUGUCGGGUAUGGGAUAAACCAGAAGGGAUACCGAUGUUUUGACCCUCUCACCAAAAAGGUCAUUACUACCAUGAACUGUAACUUCCUAGAAACCGAAUUCUUUUACCACACCCACCUUAGUAGUCAGGGGGAGAGUGAUCCAGGUAGUUCACCAGACUAUCUAAGUUGGGUUGUGCCACUUCCAAACUCUUCGAUUGAGGAUCCAACAGAACCAGUUGUUAUUGCCGCCGAGCAAGUCUCACCACAAGAGUCAUCUCAUUCGCCGUCCCCGGAUCCUCCUUCAAUGAUAUCCGAGGUAAUUCCUGAACCCGAUCCUAGUGAGAAUACAGUUUCUCCUAACCCCUUGAGUCCAGAUUUCCCCGAAGAAGAUAAUACGAUUGACAGUGAUACUGGAGGGUACGUUCUCCCUCAUCGGACUACAAGAGGAAUACCACCAAAGAGAUACUCCCCUGAGAAGAUUGGGAAGAAGAGCCGUUAUGGAGUAGCAAAUUUUGUGCAAGGGAAUUUGGCUAAAAUGGCACGGGCUUUCGAAGCCGCACUGUAUGAGGAAGAGGAAAUUCCACAAUCGGGCAGAGGAAGCAAUGAAACAUAA